CGACGAAGGCGACUACAAUUUCAGGUUUACCUUGUGAAAGCUUCACAGAAGUGAUGGUUCCGUCGACGAAAACGCAAAAGGAUGCAAGGUUGUCGGGAAGAUGUUCGGCGGGUACGACCGGGGUGCGAUGCCUUUGCCCUUCUUUGUCCCGCUAGCACCAGGACACGAUGAAGCCGUUCACGUGACAGACUUCCUCGAGACUUGGGCGAGUUCAGUUCCCUCUGGCAGUGCCAUGGACGUCGGUACUGGGACAUCGAUCAGUGGUCCUGUUAGGUUCGCGGGAGGAGAAUGUUUUAAAAGGUGCACGGGGGGUCAGGGUGGACUGCCGACUUCGCCUCCUGAUAAAGAGGUGGGCAUGUUAGACGACUCUGAGGACGACCAUCUGCGUGCUCCAUUGAAACCAGGUUUGCAGAGAUCUCGCCGCCAAGGUUUAUUUGGGGAGGCGACGCCACAUGGAGGCGGCGUUGGCAAACAGUUGCAACAGGCCUCAGGAUCGACGACUCCUCGUCGUCUGGUCGAAAAGAUCGGUGAGUUCGUCCGUGGCAGGAAGGUGGCCGAGGUUUCGUCGGGCGAUCGCGCAGGUAGCUCGCAGGUUCGAGAGGUGCGUGGGGCAGAUGAGACGACUCGCUGGGCCCGCCCUGCGCCAGCACAACUGCACACGGAGGCGAGCCUACAACGAGAAGCGGGUGGGAACGUCGCCGGUGAGGAGGAGGUGUUCGAGAUGGGUUUUUUUCGAGAGAAAACGCCUGAAAUGACUCAAUCGGGAGGCAAGCGCAACUUGCCUGUUGAGGAAGAGCGAGAGGGAGUAGAUGCUCUGAAAAGGCAGAGAAAGGAAAAAGGGAGUGCUCUGACGCCAAUGUCACGAGAGGGUGGUUCCGUUGAGAAGAGGAAAAGGGUCGGAGGUGGGGAUGAAACGCCAAAAGACUCAUUGACACGGCGAAGAACGGGUGAGUCUUCUGGGAAAAGGUCGAAAUCGUCGAGUGAGAAGAAAGCAGAUGAGGGCGAGAGCGGGGAGGGGGAUGACGAUGUGGAUAUUAACCUCAACGCCUUUAACCUCGACAAUGCGUUCUUCCUCGAGAUGAAGACAGGGGUGCAGAGGGACGUCCAUAACGCAAGGGCGGCGAUGAAGGUCAAAGACCAUCCCGUGUUCAACUACUACAACUUCUGUGAAUGUCCGUUCAGGCCGAUUUACUUCCCUGACGACGAGUUCGAUGGCUACGCCCAUGUCAGCUCCGAAGACAACAUGAAAGACAAGAAGAAUCCACCGCGCUUGCAGAUUUUGUCUAUGCGGGACAUUCGCAAUAUCUGGAAAAUAAAGGGGAAACCGCGUGUAGUGCUCAACAACACGUCGAAGAAAAAGGAGGAGGUACGUACGUGGGUGCAGUUCAUGGCGUUGGCAAUGAAGAAGACACCGUACACGCCUUUGUGGAACCUGUCAACAGAAGAAAAUAAGAAAAAGGAAUGGGCUGAGAAACUUCGAUACUACCUCCCGCUGGCUAUGGCAGAUGACUCCGUCUUCGCUUUGGGGGAGAAGUUCUACGACGAAUGGUCAAGAGGGAAACUCCUUGCUUCCGACGGUCGACGUUGGACUGAAAAGCCGCCCACCCAUGAGGAGGUGGCUAAGCCAGGACUCUCCACUGUGACUAACAGCCAGGGACUGAAGAAACACGUCUGGUAUGUGAAGGUGGACGACCCGUUGUUGAAAAAGGGCAGGGGGAAGGCAAAAAAAGGCGUGGAGGAGAAAACUUACUACGUCCAAAUACCUGAGCCGGAUGUCCACUGCUGGAAGGAAUUGGCAGACUUGACGGACCGCGAGAAGAGAAGGUUGUUGAAUGGCCCGCGGCUACUAACUCACCCAGUGUACAAGGGAGCUGUUGCCGAAGACGAUGCCGCCGCUCUCCGGAGGAAGCAGAAAGUGACACCUACGGAUGUGGAGGAGAAGUCUUUCAAGUCCUUGACUUUCUCGGACUUUGGGAACCUCAGUCAGAGGGGGGUUGUGUACAAGGAAGGCGAGCGGAAUCCUAAUCAGUUAUGCAAUCAGCUUUUUUUCUUCUGUGGUCUGGCGGAUGCCGUGCUGUCAUUGGGCAAGCCGCACGCGCAGGUGGUGUGGAGUCUGCUUCAGCAGGGAAGGCACGUCUUGGCUGUGGAUGGGGACACAACGCAGCUUGAAUACACCGUGCAGUUUGUUACCCAUCAAGUCUCGUCCGGGGCUUUCGCAUGCGAUUUCCACCAUGUCGUCGUCGAGCCCGUUUAUGACAUGAACAAGGACAUGUUCUUCAAGUUGACUCCAAAGAAAAGGCGCCAGGUGUACUCCUUUCUUGUCGGCCAUCAACCAAGGUUUAGAUUUGACGAGCAGUACGUGAUGCGAAAGCAAGUCGCCAUUGUUGUCCUCCAGGGCUACCACGGGGCGAGUCGCGUCGGCGCAGUGAACUUCAUUAAGAGGCUGGAAUAUGUAUUUUUUGACGAGGGUGUGGACGAUCCGGACGACUUCACAUUGAAAAACUACAAGCUGGCAUUUGGUGAGAAAGAUGACUUCAAUAUCGAGACUGAGCAGGAGGAGAGCGUUGAGGACGACCUCUUCGAUUUGGACGGCCAAUUGGCCAUCUUCAACGCCCAAGUUUUCGAGUCGCCCUCAGUAUGCAAACCGGGGACACCUCUCGGUACACCAACCUCCGGCGGUCCCACGCCCGUGUCCUCCUCAGCGCCUGUCAAAAGGGGUGGGUUGUCCCGUCUGAGGAGUUCGCCAGGGGACUCACUUCGUCUUACACCGCAGCCCGAACGUCUUAAGCCCGGCCAACCAGUUCCUCAGGACCAUCCACAUCUCUUGGCUCCUGAAAGGCCCUACCACAUGGGCGACAAACACACCUUCUCCGCAGCCGAAGAUUGGGGCCAUGAUGUCGUGUGGCACCCUGACCAUUUCCAGCCAGUCCUUCUCGACGGCGAAUGGGCAGUGGCUGUGAGGGACGUAAGUGGAGGGUGGGUAUAUGACGAACGUUGGGACCUCGAAGCCUUCAAAGCACAUGCCUACGAUGCGGUAUUGGAAAGAUUAAGUGAGGUCAAUCGACGACGUAAGGACGACCCUGCUCUGCGCGCAUACGGGGACACGCUGCUCGAAUUCUUGCAGUCAAAUAAAUGGCUGGAAGUAUCCUCCGCGUUCUACAACCUUCCGUCAAGCCCGUCAAUUAAUCAAGUAAGUUGGGAGUUGCCUGGGAUCACCCCGCGGUCUGAAGUUGUGAAGCGCAAGUCUCGAGGAAAGGAGGACGAAGGGGACGGUUAGGGCGGCGGGCAACGCGGAAUCGGAGGGGGGAGUGAACAACGCUCGACGAAACAGCGGUCUCCGGGGCAC